AUGCCACCCGUAAGUGCAUUUGAUCGACGUGAUGGCCACCUCCAUCAGGGGGUCUUUGAAUCUUCACAUCCCAAUGGGACGGUCACCAUGCCUCGCAAGGAACGUAAAAAGCUGCAAGCGAUUGUUUGUGUUCUGUUCGUGGAGCUGUUCGAGAGGUUUACCUUUUUUGGGAUUGUUUGCAACAUGAUCCUUUUCUGCACCAUCAAGUUGGGAUACAGCAAUUAUCAAGCGGCCAUGGUGAACACAUGUUUUGUCGGGGCCAGCGUUCUCACGCCUGUUCUUUUGGGAUGGUUCGCAGAGACGUGCUUCGGGAGGACAAGGGUUCUGGGCUUUUGUGCUCUUCUUCAUUUCUUCGGUACUGCCAUGCUUCCAGUCGUCGCCUUCCCUUUUGAGGAUUUCUAUAUUAACACACAUAAUAUUGUGCAUCAGAUAGAGCCGCACGAGCAACACAUCCUCUUCUACACAGGACUUGUUGCCGUGGCUCUUGGCAUUGGUGGCAUCCGUGCCAUCCUCUGCCCAAUGGCAGCCUAUCACCUUCAAGGAUGUGAUCGACACCAACUGUCGUCAUUCUUCAACUGGUUUUACUGGCUGGUCAAUCUGAAUUCAAUGGUUGUAAUUUUAGGGAUCGCCUACAUUCAGCAGUCAGUGGCCAAAAACUUGUGUUUUCUCAUCCCUUUCACCUCAGUUCUUCUGGCCCUCAUCGCCAUACAUAUGGUGCGCAACAAGCUCACAUUCCACCCCAAAAAAGGAAGUUCCCUGCUAACCACGUUCGGUGUGUUCCUGAAUUCUCUGAAAAUGUGUUGCCUCCAUUACCGCCACUUAAGCGGCGACGUUGCUAACUGGCUAGACCGGGCCAAAGAAAUCAACGGUGGCUGUUAUAGUGAGACCAAUGUGGAAAAUGUUAAGAUCCUGGUGAAACUUUUUCCUCUCUUCGGACUUCAGGUUUUAUAUCGCGCUUGCAUUACUCAGAUUCCAUCGGGCUAUUAUCUACAGACGAUGCAUUCAAACCUCAAACUCAAUGGUUUUAUCUGGCCAGUAGCAGUGAUGAAGGUUAUCAGUAUACUGCCUGUGUUUAUCUUGGCACCACUGCUGGAACUUCUGAACACUUGCUACCAAUCUCCCAAAAAAAAAAUCUUUCCCUCUCCAGCCACAUUUAUCACUAUGGGCCAUGCUUGUGCCGCUCUUUCGGCAUUACUGGCUGGAAUCUCAGAGAUCCAUAGAAAGGAUUACCCACAGGUGGAGCAGACAUUGUCAGGCACGGUCCUUCAGGUGUCCUCCAUGAGAUGUUUUCAGCUGACUCCUCAGUACAUUUUACUGGGUGUGGCAGAGGCCUUUGUAACACCAGCAUGCUCCUUCAUCGCCUUCUGUCUGACUCCCAGCAACCUCAGAGGCGUCUCGCUGCAUUUCCUGACCCUGUCAUAUGGAGGUGGCUGCUUUCUUGGCGCUUUCCUUAUUCAAUUCCUUUAUUUUGUGUCAGGAGGAAACUUUUAUCCGAAUAACCCCAGCGCUGGCAAUAUGGAGAGGUUUUUCUUUACACUGGCUACGUUAAUGGCUAUAAACACACUUGUGUUUUGGAGAAUAUCACAGAGGUACACAGAUUUGAGUGUGGAGUUGAGCAGUGGAGCAAGACAAAGUCAUCUGUCUGAGAAACUUCUUCAGUAUAAGACCUAUCUUCGCUUCUAUGACACAGUGGAACGCUCUGAAACUUUAACCUCCAUGGAAACUGUCUCGUGA